UGACAACCAGCAGGAACCUCUUCUGAAGAGCCGUCUUAUUAGAGGACUUGAAACCAAAGCGUGGCACCGAAAGACUGAAACGUGACAAAGAUAUUGCAGUGAUAGAAUGAAAAUGGAUGUUACCUUGGUGCUUAUGGCCUUUCUUCUCCAAGGGUUGCAGGAGGCCGAAGCCAUAGUGGUGACUGCAGUGGAGGGACAAGAGGUCGAAAUUAAAUGCGUGCACUCAAACGCUGCCUCCAAUGUGAAAUAUUUCUGCAGCAGACCCUGCGGAGACGAAGACGUCCUGGUGACCAGCAAAAGGCCACACAAAGACGGGAAAUUCAGGAUCAGGGAUAAGGGAAACACAUUCUAUGUGACUGUCUCUAAACUGAGGCUGGAAGACUCAGGAACCUACUGGUGUGGAAUAGAAAGAGUCGGCGUCGACACGUACACUCAGGUGGACAUCAGAGUCAGAGAAUCAAAAAGGGAGGACAGUCAGUCACAGAGUGCUCUGACCCCCAAGGAGCUGUACAUCGGGACAGGUCUGGGAGUGGUGGUGCUGGCUCUGGCGGUAGCUCUUCUCAUAUUCUUCAGACAUCGAAAGAAACACAUCGGCCCAUCUCAAGAAAAGGGCCAACCGAUGGUUCAAGCAACACCGUCCACACAGGACCAGGACAGACACCCGGACGGCGCCGCGCCCUCAACCGGCCAGAAACACGGAGCGUUCAGCAGCGCCAACAGCACGACGGAUCUUUACUCUGACGUAUCACCGGAGCCUCAGACUCAACAGGAAGCUCUGUUUUACUCCACUGUGAGCUUCAACAAACAUGCAGACUGCAGCGCCGCGACGCCGCCUGACCCAAUGACCACGUACACGACCAUUGAACUCAGAUCUACAGACGAGUCAGCCGUCUACUCCAACUUGUGGGUUCAGAGGAGAUACAGUGUAGAGGAGAGUUACUACAUCUGUGAAGGAAUGAAGACGUCCUUGAAAAUCAUUGUUUUCUUAAUAUCAGGAAAUGUAUUUUUAUUUUCUGUGGAAGGAGCCAAACCAAGACCUGCCAACGCUGAAUGUCGCAGCACACCUGUGAAUCAGACUGCAUAUCUCGGAGGCUCUGCCACCAUCGUCUGCAAUUAUCCAAGCACCGAAGAAAACAAGAUCAAACACUUCUACAAAGAAGCUGAGAGCAACAGACCCAUAGUAAUUGAAUCUUGGCAGCCACUAACCAGAAAAGGCAGGUUUUCUCUGGAAAAUUCUAGAGAUCGAGGAGUCUACACUGUGAACAUUACCUCACUGACACGCAGCGAUGCUGGGAAAUAUGUGUGUGCUGUGAGAAAUGAUGAACACACUGCAUGUUUGACUGAGAUCCACCUGCAAGUAUUGAGUUGGGAUGACAUUAACCCAAAGAAACUUUCUGGAGUUACUUCAAAGAAUGCGUACAUCAAUUGUUCCUAUACUGACAAGCAUGCGGGAAACGAGAAGUUCUUGUGCAAAGGGGAGAAUCCUGCAAACUGUACAAAGUUGAUACAUACAACAGAGCACGAUAGAAAUGUAGUUGAAGGCAGGUUUGACAUCAGGGAUAGCCCCCGAUCCAAGUAUUUCUAUGUGUACAUCAAAAACUUGACCAAAUCCGACUCUGGGACAUACUGGUGUGGCUUCGGAGAGACGCUGCAACAUGACAGCUACACCAAAAUACAGCUUACUGUCACUGAAAAUACAAAAUCGGUCAGUUCAAGAGGAAAGGAUCAAGGAGUGGAAACACGUGACUCUGGCACCGAUAAGGACAAGAAACCACGCAAAAAGCCCAGGAAGCUUGCAUUAGUUUUGGUCGUCGGUAUCUUGUUUUGUAUUUCAUUGUUGACAAUAACUGUGAUCAUGCUGUGCAGACAGAGACUCACCUGCAAACGGGAUGAACGACCGGAGCAAACCACAAACCCUGGACCAAACACAGAGGGAGAAAAUGGAGAUCACAAUUAUGAAGAGAUAGUGUUUGAGAGCCAGCCUGCGCGCCCCCUGCCGUCUGUUUAUGCCACCGUCAACGCUCCCGCUGACCUGCUCCCGGAGAAGAACACUCCUCCUGAUGUCAACACAACCCAGGCCGCUGAUCCUCCAGCACCAGUGUCAAUCGUCUAUUCCACUGUCAAAAUCCCAGAGGAGCAGUGAUGUGGGCCCUCUGGAAAGAGGAGGAGGUGGUGAAAUGCCAGCUUUUAAUUUGUUGCAUGUCCUAAGUUUUGAGACACGUAGGAUAUGCAAAACAAAACUAGACUCCCUGACAUUGAUAAUUAGUUGAGCCUCAGCCACAUGAUGCUUCCAAUAACCUCCAAUGAGUGUCUGGAUUCGGGAUGAAUCCCGAUUAGUUCACUAAUUCCAACCAGUUCAGUCAGGUUUGACGGUUUCUGAGCACGGACAGCUCACAUCAGCUCAUCCCACAGAUCUCUAAUGAUAUUCCAGCCUGGAAACGGGGAUGAUCAUCCCAGAACAUUGUUCUUGUUCCUCUGAAUAUAGUUUGAUCAGUGUUUUGUCUCGUUGUCUUGUUGAAAUAUAAGAAGUGUUUUUCUGUAACAAUUUUAAGCUGUUUUAACAUGUAAUGUUUAUACAAAUAUUUCCAUAAAUAAACUGUGGUUGGAUAGACUUGGAUCCUCCUCAUGUCAAAAUUGUCCAUUUUACUAAGAUAUCCUGCUGAGAAAGCACAGAAUUGUUCUUCUUAAUAAAAAGGGGCUCAUUUUUGACUGCAGUUGGAGUUUUGUAGAAACUUGUGUUGCUUCACUUUAAAAGUCAAUGCAGAGUAUGAAGAGGCCUCAGUGUCAGGCU